AUGAGCCGACUUGGGACUUGCCUGGUCACUUUGACCGGACUUUUGCUAACUGCGGCGGGGGACUCGUUUUCAGGUGGUUGCCUCUUUGAUGAGCCUUACAGCACAUGUGGAUACAGUCAAGCUGUAGAUGAUGACUUCAACUGGGAGCAAGUGAACACCUUGACCAAACCAACCUCUGACCCAUGGAUGCCAUCAGGCUCCUUCAUGUUGGUGAACACAUCCGGGAGACCCGAGGGACAGAGAGCCCACCUCCUCCUACCUCAGCUGAAGGAGAAUGACACCCACUGCAUUGACUUUCACUACUUUGUGUCUAGCAAGAGUAAUUCUGCCCCCGGGUCACUCAACGUCUACGUGAAGGUCAAUAAUGGGCCUUUGGGGAGCCCUAUCUGGAAUAUAUCUGGAGACCCUAACCGUACAUGGAACAGGGCAGAACUGGCCAUCAGUACCUUCUGGCCUAACUUUUAUCAGGUGAUUUUUGAAGUCAUAACUUCUGGACAUCAAGGUUACCUCGCUAUUGAUGAAGUGAAGGUGUUAGGACAUCCAUGUACCAGAACGCCCCACUUCCUGCGGAUCCAGAACGUGGAGGUCAAUGCCGGCCAGUUUGCCACCUUCCAGUGCAGCGCCAUCGGCAGGACCGUGGCUGGAGACAGGCUCUGGCUACAGGGCAUUGAUGUCCAGGAUGCUCCUCUGAAGGAAAUAAAGGUGACCAGUUCCCGGCGAUUCAUAGCAUCAUUUAACGUCGUGAACACAACCAAACGAGAUGCUGGAAAAUACCGCUGCAUGAUUCGCACCGACGGGGGAGUUGGCAUAUCCAACUAUGCAGAGUUGGUAGUUAAAGAGCCCCCUGUUCCCAUCGCGCCCCCUCAGCUGGCCUCUGUGGGGGCCACCUACCUGUGGAUACAACUCAACGCCAACUCCAUCAAUGGGGACGGGCCCAUUGUGGCCCGGGAGGUGGAAUACUGCACGGCCAGUGGGAGCUGGAGCGACCGGCAGCCGGUGGACUCCACAAGCUACAAAAUCGGGCAUCUGGACCCCGACACGGAGUAUGAGAUCAGUGUGCUCCUCACCCGGCCUGGGGAGGGCGGCACCGGCUCCCCUGGGCCCGCCCUCAGGACCAGGACCAAGUGUGCUGAUCCCAUGCGUGGCCCAAGGAAACUGGAAGUCGUGGAAGUCAAAUCUCGGCAGAUCACCAUCCGCUGGGAGCCCUUUGGGUAUAACGUGACCCGUUGCCAUAGCUACAACCUCACGGUCCACUACUGUUACAAAGUUGGAGGGCAGGAACAGGUGCGAGAGGAAGUGAGCUGGGACACAGAAAACUCACACCCCCAACACACCAUCACCAACCUCUCGCCCUACACCAACGUCAGUGUGAAGCUCAUCCUCAUGAAUCCAGAGGGGCGGAAGGAGAGCCAGGAGCUCAUAGUACAGACAGAUGAAGAUCUUCCAGGUGCUGUUCUUACUGAAUCCAUCCAAGGAAGUACCUUUGAAGAGAAGAUAUUUCUUCAAUGGCGAGAACCAAUUCAAACCUACGGUGUUAUCACUCUAUAUGAGAUCACCUACAAAGCAGUCAGUUCCUUUGACCCAGAAAUAGAUCUAUCCAAUCAAAGUGGAAGAGUUUCAAAACUGGGAAAUGAAACCCACUUCCUGUUUUUUGGACUGUAUCCAGGAACCACGUACUCCUUCACCAUCCGAGCCAGCACGGCUAAGGGCUUUGGACCCCCGGCAACAAAUCAGUUCACCACCAAAAUAUCAGCACCCUCCAUGCCGGCUUAUGAACUGGAGACGCCCUUGAAUCAGACGGACAACACAGUGACAGUCCUGCUGAAGCCUGCACACAGUCGAGGUGCACCUGUCAGUGUCUACCAAAUAGUGGUCGAGGAAGAGCGUCCUCGAAGAACGAAAAAGACCACAGAAAUCUUAAAAUGCUACCCGGUACCCAUCCACUUCCAGAACGCCUCCAUACUGAAUUCCCAGUACUACUUUGCAGCAGAAUUCCCAGCCAACAGCCUCCAAGCGGCUCAGCCCUUUACUAUUGGUGAUAAUAAGACUUACAACGGGUACUGGAACACCCCUCUCCUUCCCCAUAAAAGCUACAGAAUUUACUUCCAAGCAGCUAGUAGAGCCAAUGGGGAAACCAAAAUAGACUGUGUCCGAGUGGCCACAAAAGCUGCGAUAAUCGUGACUCAGCUUACGACACCUCAUAUUCGCAUCGCCCCUGCCGCAGGCGACGACCAGCUGACAGGAGCCGUCACUCCAAAACCAGUCCCAGAACCCGAGAAGCAAACAGACCACACAGUCAAGAUCGCGGGGGUCAUUGCUGGCAUCCUGCUGUUCGUGAUCAUAUUUCUCGGGGUCGUGCUGGUGAUGAAGAAAAGGAAACUGGCCCAGAAGCGGAAGGAGACAAUGAGCAGCACAAGGCAGGAGAUGACGGUGAUGGUGAGCUCCAUGGACAAGAGCUAUGCCGAGCAGGGCACCAGCUGCGACGAGGCCUUCUCCUUCAUGGACGCGCACAACCUCAAUGGGAGAUCUGUAUCUUCACCGUCGUCCUUCACCAUGAAAACCAACACCCUGAGCACAUCGGUGCCCAACUCCUAUUACCCAGACCCAUUUGUGCCAACUGCAAUUUUAGCCCCUGGUUCCCCUCACUUCCCCCAUGACCUUCUUUUCCCAGACGAGACGCACACGAUGGCCAGCGACACCAGCAGCCUGGUGCAGCCACACACGUACAAGAAGCGUGAGCCGGCCGACGUGCCCUACCAGACCGGACAGCUGCACCCCGCCAUCCGGGUGGCCGACCUGCUCCAGCACAUCACACAGAUGAAGUGUGCCGAGGGCUAUGGCUUCAAGGAGGAGUACGAGAGCUUCUUUGAAGGGCAGUCUGCACCAUGGGACUCUGCUAAGAAAGAUGAAAACAGAAUGAAGAACAGAUAUGGGAAUAUUAUUGCCUAUGAUCAUUCCCGGGUGAGGCUGCAGACCGUAGAAGGAGACAACAACUCAGACUACAUCAACGGAAAUUAUAUUGAUGGUUAUCAUCGACCCAAUCAUUAUAUUGCUACACAAGGGCCGAUGCAGGAGACAAUCUCUGAUUUCUGGAGGAUGGUGUGGCACGAGAACACGGCGAGCAUCGUCAUGGUGACCAACCUGGUGGAAGUGGGGCGGGUCAAAUGCUGCAAAUACUGGCCAGAUGACACGGAGAUCUAUAAAGACAUUAAAGUUACCCUAAUAGAAACAGAGCUACUGGCAGAAUAUGUGAUAAGAACAUUUGCUGUUGAAAAGCGAGGCGUCCACGAAAUCCGAGAGAUCAGACAGUUCCACUUCACGGGCUGGCCGGACCACGGGGUCCCCUACCACGCCACCGGACUGCUGGGCUUCGUCCGGCAGGUGAAAUCCAAGAGCCCGCCCAACGCGGGCCCGCUGGUGGUGCACUGCAGUGCUGGUGCGGGCAGGACCGGCUGUUUCAUCGUCAUUGACAUCAUGCUGGACAUGGCCGAGCGGGAAGGGGUGGUGGACAUCUACAACUGCGUGCGGGAACUGCGGUCUCGGAGGGUGAACAUGGUGCAGACCGAGGAGCAGUACGUGUUCAUCCAUGAUGCCAUUCUGGAAGCCUGUCUCUGUGGGGACACCUCGGUACCCGCUUCCCAGGUCAGGUCGCUCUACUAUGACAUGAACAAGCUGGACCCGCAGACCAAUUCGAGCCAGAUCAAGGAGGAAUUCCGGACCCUGAACAUGGUGACGCCGACCCUGCGCGUAGAAGACUGCAGCAUCGCUCUGCUGCCCCGUAACCAUGAGAAGAACCGCUGCAUGGACAUCCUGCCGCCCGACCGCUGCCUGCCCUUCCUCAUUACCAUCGACGGCGAGAGCAGCAACUACAUCAACGCGGCCCUCAUGGACAGCUAUAAACAGCCCUCGGCUUUCAUAGUCACCCAGCAUCCUCUGCCAAACACGGUGAAAGACUUCUGGAGGCUGGUCCUGGAUUAUCACUGCACGUCUGUGGUGAUGCUAAACGACGUGGACCCCGCCCAGUUGUGUCCGCAGUACUGGCCAGAGAACGGAGUCCACCGACACGGCCCCAUCCAGGUGGAGUUUGUUUCUGCUGACCUGGAAGAAGACAUCAUCAGUAGGAUAUUCCGCAUCUACAACGCAGCGCGACCCCAGGACGGGUACCGGAUGGUGCAGCAGUUCCAGUUCCUGGGCUGGCCGAUGUACAGGGACACGCCGGUGUCCAAGCGCUCCUUCCUGAAGCUCAUCCGCCAGGUGGACAAGUGGCAGGAGGAGUACAACGGCGGGGAGGGACGCACGGUCGUGCAUUGCCUGAACGGGGGCGGCCGCAGCGGGACCUUCUGUGCCAUCAGCAUCGUCUGCGAGAUGCUCCGGCACCAGCGGACGGUGGACGUCUUCCACGCCGUGAAGACGCUGAGGAACAACAAGCCCAACAUGGUGGACCUGCUGGAUCAGUACAAGUUCUGCUACGAGGUAGCCCUAGAGUACUUGAACACUGGCUGA